GGAACUAGCCCCCAUUGCCAUCGGUCGUUUCAGUUUUAAACAAUUCUACGCAGCAAACAUUCGCGGGACAAUAUGAACUUAAAUGAUUUGCCCGAUGAAGUUUUAUGCACUAUUUUCGACCAUCUCGAUCUAUACGAGUUGAAGCUAGCUUCCUCCGUAUGUCGGCGAUGGUCGCACCUUACAUUUUCGGGCCGAAGGAUGGACCGUGUGUGGCUGGUGAUUCGUCAUUCCAAUUGUGACUUUUUGUGCAACACAAAAAGAGAGUAUCGCAACGUUCGUCUAACGAGGUUUUUUAUGCGAACCGAUCAUCUUGAAAGUGCAUUACCGUUACUGCUCACGUUAAUGUUGCACGUUCGAAUGUUGGAUCUUCAAUGUGAUGUUACUACCGAGCAAUCACGAUUGAUUCUGCUGGAAGCUCCAGAACUACAGCAUUUGUCGAUGCAGUUUGACUUGAGGCUAGUGCUAACUGGAAACUGCAAAAUGAAUGGACCGUUUCCGGUUUUACCGAAGCUAAAAUCGCUGGUGUUAGUUGGGUCUCAAUUUUACUUCUUCCCUAGCAAACUCAAUACCCCCAAUUUACAAUGUCUAAACAUGAGUUGCUCGACAGAUCUGGAACUGGAAGCAUGGAAAUACUUCAGUGGACAGUUGAAGCUCGUUCGUGUGGAUGUUUUGAAUGGAGAUUUUUUGCAGCCCCUUCUUAAGCUAACGUUCCCACUGCUAGAGGACUUGUCCGUGAAGUCAGUCUUUGAUUCGGUCCAAGUGCUGAUGAGUUCAAGCGUAGCUGAUGGUUUUUUUCGAAGGCACCCCUUCCUUCGACGACUCUCUAUCAUCACUAGUCCGUUUAUUCCGGUAGCAUGGGUUGAAUCUAUUAGUCAGCACUGUCCUGAGCUGACGUAUCUGAACCUUUUUCUAGAGAGUCCGAACGAAGGAUUGUUGGAGUCGUUGGUGCAUCUAAAAAAGUUUAAGCACCUUUCAUUAGAAGGAGAAGUGUAUAGAAAAAUUCUUCGUGGAGUUAUGACGUCGCUCGAAACAGUUAGAUUGCGUAUGAGUUAUCCUGAAGUUCUACUCAAGAACCUUUUCGAAGUUGUGCCACAAUUGAGCUGUUUGCAAAUCACGUAUCGCAUAUCUUGCGAUGAAUUACAGUUCAUCUGCGAGAGGUUUUCUUGUCUUCGACGCUUAGAACUAGUCUUCGGUUAUCAGUUCCUGGAAGAACCAGUAGCCGACGAUUUUGUGCGAUUCGAUAAAUUGUUGCACUUACAGGAGCUUAAACUAUCGGGCAAGAUUAAAAUUCGAUCCAUUCAUCCCAACAACGUUCGGAGCUUGACAUUGUACAGUCCUUCGAGCAUAUUUACAUAUUCUACGGACAUAACGAAUGAUGAUCUUUACGAGAUACCGGAAAAGUUCUCUUUGGUGAAGCGAUUGAUCCUCGAGAACUGCUCGGUGUCUUUGGAUGCGGUCGAACGGCUACACAAAUUGAUGCCCUCGUGUAGAAUCGACUAUGAGGACGAACGCUUCUAUCCCAUUGACGAUGUGACUGCGGACUGAAAGACGUUGCGGACCGGAAAUAAGGUGCAACUUCGGAAGGAGAUGAAAUUUUGUGAUUUGAUUCAAAUAAAAAGCCA